UACUUCAUGAACCCACCCUUCCGAUCUGAAGAGAAUCACCUCUCACUAACCUCUUCAUUUUGGCUCACAGACACACAGUGGAACACACAGUGGAACACUUGUCACCCCAGUAGCUCCCAGUCCUGUGUCUCUGACCAUUGGUAACCAUGAUGCAGGUUUGGAUACUUUCACUACUGCUGCCUCUCACACUGUCAUUCUCUGGUCUACAUGUUGAUCCUAGCAAAAUUCAUGCUUUCCCAGAGAGACACAUAGCCGGGGUGUUUCUGGUCAGCUACACAAAUGACCUCAACCAGUUUACCUAUGCCUUUAAUGCCUCUGAGGCCAGGGAGGUGUGCUGGUCUCUGGGUGUAACCAUGGCCUCCAAUUCCCAGGUUGAGGAGGCUCAGAGACUGGGCUUGGAAACAUGCAGGUUUGGGUGGAUUGAUGAACAUUUUGCAGUGAUACCUCGUAUUGAGGCCAGUAAAACCUGUGGUCAAAACCAGACCGGUGUCAUCAAAUGGAGAGCCUCUGUCACCAAACUUUUUGAUGUGUUCUGCUUCAAUGCUUCAGGAGCGGCCUCACCCCCCUCUACCUCCCUCUCUCCAGCCAUCAUCCAUCUUGUCCCUUCCACACAGUCCGCACGGCCCACCCCUCAUUCUCGCUCCUCCCUUCUCUCUCUCAGUAGUUUUUCUGAUAACCCAGAGGAGGUAGAGGUAGAACUACCCCAGUCCAUGAGCAGUGCAAAGUCUUCAAUUGGAGCGGUGCCAAAAGCAUUACUUAUCACCUCGGCUAUUGUUCUUCUUCUGACUGCAAUGGCCAUUCUCUUGUACUUUAGAACGAUCAAUGGCCUCAAGACUAUUCUCCCCUGCUGGGAUGGGGAGCAGCAGAAAGAGUACAUUGAGACAGAGGAAUGUGCAGCACACACCUGUAUGAAGGACACAAAGGAAGCCCAGACUAAGGGAGAAGCUAAGGCUGAGCCUGAGGAGGAUGUGUGCAGCACACACCUGUAUGAAGGACACAAAGGAAGCCCAGUCUAAGGGAGAAGCUAAGGCUGAGCCUGAGGAGGAUGUGUGCAAAGAGACAGCCAAUGACAUCAGUGUAAACAUCAGUGAUGAGACCAACACUGAUUCAGCA